CAAUCCACUUCACUGUUUGUUUAACCCUCAAAACUGUUUUAGCCACCACCAUCACAUUACUUCAACUAAUCAACCAUUAUUAAUUAUUAAGUCCAUAGCAACUCCUCAAAAACAGAGUGAUGGUUUUUAUACUCUGAUCUCCGGCGCGGCUGACCUCAAAAAACAAGAAAUGCUGUCACUCGUCAGAACAAAAUCAGUGGCGACCAAAAAAAGAACGAUCAUCGUCGGCCUGAAUGCUGCAAACUCCGGCAGAGAGAUUCUGCUGAGAAUGCUAGUAGUGGUGGCCAAAACCGGGGAUAAUGUGGUGGCGGUUCAUGUUUCAGAGCCAAAUGAGAAUUUUGAUCCAAAUACUUUUCAUAUUCAUGAGGAUCUUUGCAAAUCCAAACUGGUGGAUUUUCAAGUGAGGAUUUGUGAAGGGGAAUCCUACCUUUCUGAAUUGACUCAUCAAGUUCGACUCAAUUUUGCGACGGUUCUUGUUCUUGGAACCACCACUUCCGGUCCCAAAGAUACAGUUGUUAAAACAUGCUUGAAAGGGCUGCCCCCAACUUGUACCCUUCUAGUAAUGGACAACAAAGGAAAGAUCCAAAUCCAAAAGAAGGGCACUUCUCAGGAAGGCUCCACAAGGCCAAUCUUCAAAGCUCCUCCACCAUCAUCAUCAACAAACACUCCCAACAACAUCAAUGAAUCAUCAUCUUCUUCAACCCAUCCUUCACCAGAGCCAUUGACUGAAUCAUCUUCAUCUUCUUCCUCAUUACCAUUACUACAACCAGAAGAAUCUCAUAGACCAGCCCAUGUCAGCAAGGCAGUUCAAGUUCCCACAUUCGUGUCGGAGAAGCUGUGCCGUGUUGAUUUGAAGCAUUCCAUCAGGCUUUUCACACCCCAAGAGAUUGCUUCUGCAACCAAGAACUUCAGUCCUGUGAUGUUGAUCGGAGAGGGGGUGUGCUUUAAAAUGUAUAGUGCAAAACUCGAAGAUGGGCAGUUCGUGGCUGUGAAGGUCCAAACCAAACAGUUUUCGUCAGAAGAUCUACUUCGAGAGAUCGAAAUGUUGGGUGGCUUGAAACAUGAAAACAUUGUUAAGAUCGUAGGGUGUUGUAACCGUGAGGAGAUCCGCGCAGUAGUGUACAAUCAUUGGUUGAAAGGAAAUUUGAUGCAGCAUUUGAAGAAACUCAAAUGGACUGAUAGAGUGAAAGUUGCAAUUGGGGUUGCGAAGGCAUUGAGGUAUCUUCAUCAUUCUUGCAGCCCUCCAAUCAUUCAUCGAAACAUAAACUCGUCCAAUAUUCUACUCUCUGAUCAAUGCCAACCACAAUUAUCAGACUUUGGGGAAGCAACGGUACUUCCAGCAGUUCAAGAGGACUCGACACAAGUUGACAUUCGGAGGUUCGGUUACUUAGCUCCAGAGUACUUGAUGUUUGGAAAAGUUGACGAGAAAGUCGAUGUUUAUUCCUAUGGUGUCAUGCUUUUGGAACUCAUCACUGGGAAACAUGCAGUUCAGACAGAGCCGACAAACCGUAGAAGCUUAGUUUUCUGGGCAAGGUCCCUACUGGGCUGUAACUUAGCAGAUCACUUAAUUGAUCCAUAUUUGAAGGAAGACUACAACCAUGAAAUGAUGGAAAUGAUGAUGAUUGUCACCCGCCUCUGCCUCUUGCACUCGUCAUCAAGACGACCAACAAUGGAAACUAUAGUGAAGCUAUUUGAAGAACCAGAGUACUUGAAGAAAAUGCAGAGGGGAAGAGAGAAUCUUCUUAGUGUGCUAACUCCCAAAGCUGAGAAGGGAUUACGGAAAAAUGAAGAAUCAGUCCUGCAAGAUACAACCAGAACAGACCAGAACUAUGGAUUUUCUGAUAACUUAAAUGUCACAUAAGCAAAUUAUAAAUACUAACAUAUGAAUGGUAAACAUUAAUCCACUGUUAGAGAUUACAUUCAGUAAGAUAUAAUUCUUUUCUCAUCACUUGGCUUUGUAAAUGUAUCGAAUAAGAAUAUUCAACAAAAGUUGUAAUCUACAAAACUCAUGCAAAUUAACUGCUUGCCUAG